AUGGCUAUGGAGAAAGACGAGUUAUCACCGAUCCUUCCGUACGAUCUCAUGACGGACGUACUGUCAAGGCUGCCCGUGAAGUCUAUUGUACGGUUCAAGUGUGUAUCCAAGUCUUGGCUCGCCUUGUUCGCACAUCCCCACUUUGUGAGCCUUCACCUCACUCGAUCCCGCAACUCCAAACUCGUGCUUGCAUAUUCGCUCGACUUUCUUUCAAAUUUUCUUCAUCGUCCUAAUACAUUGAACGACCUUUUCGUGCUGUCUUGCGACGGCAUUGUUGAAGCAGCAAGUGAUUAUAUUGAUGGAGGAGGAGGAGCAUUAAUUGACAUCGUUCCUCCUCACGAGCGGAAGCAGCAGGUCUAUAUGGCCGGCUCUUGUCGUGGCUUGGUGUUAUGUCACACGCGCCGUCGUUGUGCGCUAAGCUUGGUGAACCCAUCAACCAGAGAAUUCAUGAGAUUGCCAAUCUCGCAGCUUCACAAAACUUCUUUUAGAUCGGUUGGACUUGGCUAUGAUCCAUCCGCUGAUGACUACAAGGUUGUUCAACUCUCAACCCAUCCCUUUCCUCGUAAAACUGAUAUGAAUAUGACUUUGUAUUCGCUAAAAUCGAAUUCAUGGAGAAGGAUUAGAGAUUUCCCUUUUCGAGCCGAGUCAAUGGAUUCAGGGGUGUUUGUGAAUGGAAAUUUCCACUGGUUCAAUCCUGAUAUGAGUAAAAUUGUUUCUUUUCAUUUGGCUGAGGAAAAAUUCGGGGAUGUUCCAUUACCUGAUGAUAUUAUAGAGGCACCUUUGAUUGGAGUUGUCAGAGGGUGUCUUUGUAUCCUAUCUCGAGCUAAGCUCAUCACAGCUUGGGUGAUGAAUGAAUACGGCAUUGGAGAGUCUUGGACUAAAUUUGAGCUUGACCUUGACGCCCCAAUAUAUGUCACGAACACGAAGCCUUUGAAUUUCUCAAAUAAUGAUGAAAUUUUAUUUGCAAUUCCUGAUACACAAGAGUUUGUUGUGUGCAAUCUAAAAGAGAGAACAUCUAGGCAUAUGGAGUUGAUUAACUCUGAUCUUGAAUGGAGUGAAGCAGAGACAUGUUUGGAGAGUAUUGUUUCACCCCAGGAGAUCAUAAAGAAGGCGGAGGCCAACAAAUAA